AAAUUUUAUCAAAUUGGUUGUCGGAGGUGUUGCUGAUUGGUUAUACCGUUAUCAGCAAAAAUCUGAAAAAUGAAGUUUUUACUAAAGAUUGCUGUCCUUGCCUUACUUGGCGAUAGAGCUUUUGCUGGUUUGUUGAAUAUCUUUACUGCCGAUACCGAUUUCGAUGCCGCUCAACUGAUGGAUAGUUUGUUUGGUGCGUUGGCAAACGGAACCAAAGUGAUAUUGAAUGGGGGAUCUACUGGUAAUCCACUUUCUGUGGACAUCACUUUCUGGUGCGGAAAUCGAAACAAUCCGAAUCUGGUACAGACGAUGGUUAACGACAGUAGUAUGGCAUCCAAGAUUUCUAAAUCAAAACCAUUGGUGUUUAUCAUUCAUGGUUGGUUGGAUAACAGAAGCCGCAAUUGGAUCAAGGAUAUGACUGCUGAUUACCUCAAAUAUUUCGACACUAACGUAUGUGUAGUAGAUUGGGGAAAUCUCGCAAUUUUCGGUUACUAUAUGGCAUUCCAACAUACCUUCACUGUGGCGAAAUAUGUAUCCGAGUUCAUCACCUCCGUAUCGUCAAGUGGAAUCGCUCUGAAAGAUAUCACACUGGUUGGCCACAGUAUGGGAGCUCAAAUUGCAGGAAACGCUGGUAGUGCUCUGGGCGGUCAGCUUGGAGCUAUCUAUGGUUUGGAUCCGGCCAGUCCGUUGUUUAAGAUGCCGUUCGACAUCGGAACUUCCAAGCGUUUGGACAAGUCGGAUGCCAAGUAUGUGCAAAUGAUCAUCACCUCCCGAUGCUUCUGGGGCGUUUGCGUAGCCGAUGGACAUGAGAACUUCUACCCGAAUUACGGAAUGGUUCCUCAACCGAACUGUGCGAUACCGCUAUUCUCGAACGCGGAAGUUGCCGAACCGAUCACUUGCAGCCAUGUGCACGCCUAUACCCUAUUCCGAUUGGCGCUGAAUCCUAAAAACGUUUACACGGGAAAUACGUGUCCGACCUGUCUUUUGGGACUCUUGGGCCAAAAAUCGAAAAUGGGUGUCUACAGCAGCCGCGUUGCUGGAGACUACUAUUUGCUGACUGGAAUUACUUCGCCGUAUACAAUUUAAUAUGAGCAAGAAAGUAAAAAUACAGAUUUUCUAGUUUGGUAUCAAAAACCUUCAAGACCUUGAUCAUUCAUAAUGA